CCAAUCAAACAGUCGCAUGCACAGGUGGGCGGGUUUAUUUCGAGACGGACAGCUGUGUACAGAUUCACCUUCAUCUGGAAUCGUUCUUUUGCUUUAAAAACAACAAAACCACAGAGGAGCGAACGAUGACUCUGUAGAGCUCAGGAGCAGUGAUCGAGCUGGAAGAGCUGGGAGAAGAGCUGGGAGAAGAGCUGGGAGAAGAGCUGGGAGAAGAGCUGGGAGAAGAGCUGCGAGAAGAGCUGGGAGAAGAGCUGGGAGAAGAGCUGGAGAUGGACUCGUUUCCUCCCGGAUCUCCGCCUUCUUCUCCUUCUGAUUCCAUCUCUCUGGCAUCUCUUGUGUCUGGACACACCCCUCGCACAGUUUCCUCCUUUUCAACACCAGGCCCCUUCUCUCAGGUGUCUCCGUCCGCUCAUCCAGCCUCGCAGACGGGUCGCUCCCAGCUGAACGCGGCCAGCGACGUGUCUGAAAGCCGGCCCACCACUGGACCGUCGUCUCCUGCAGGAGACCUUCCAGAGGAGCUGGACAUAGAGGAACUUAAGCAGAGGGCUAAGAAUGGAGAUUUCAAAGCACAAACUGAGGUUGGCAGGUUUUACUUGCGACUCUCUGAGCACGAGGACGAAGAAGUGAACGGCGUCACGGCCGUAACAUGGCUUUUACAAGCAGCAAAAAAUGGCAGGAGGGACGCCGUGAAACUUCUCCAGUUUUGUUUGCGUGAAAGAAAAGGCAUCACAGCCGAAAAUAGAGAGGAGGUGUGUGCCUUGGCGUCCGAGUCACGUUUCGAACGCACCGUGAGGAAAGCGGCUCUGUGUAUGUACUGGAAACUCAAUCCGGACAGAAAAAGAAAGGUGUCGACUUCGGAACUGCUGGAAAACAUUAGCCACUACAACACCGAAACGGAUGGCGCCCCAAACAGCGCACUCUCAAGUCCUGCUCAGAAACAGAGGAAGGUCUUAGAACGCCUAGUCUCCAUCAAUGGGACUCAGUAUGUCGGCGUUGAGGAUUUUGUUGAAAAUGCCAAGCGUUAUGCGCAAGGUAUUUCACCAUCGCCGGCUCUUCAUGCAGCGGUCAUUGAUGACGAUGAUGACGAUGACGAUGAUGAACCUGUGAAGAACCCAGAUGAGUUACCUUUGCAUCAGAAGAUACUGAAGUUUCCGCUCCAUGCUGUGAUCGAGGUAAAGGAGGUGUUGAUUGACUGGGCUUCCCGCGCCGGAAUGCAGUGGAUCAGCGCCCUUAUCCCAACUCACCAUGUCAACACUCUUAUUUUCUUCUUCAUCAUCUCCAACCUUACUCUGGACUUCUUCCUUCUCGUCAUUCCCCUCGUCGUUUUCUACCUGUCCUUCCUCUCGAUGGUCAUCUGCACAUUGAGGGUUUUCCAGAACAGCAAAGCGUGGGAGAACUUCAAGACCCUGACUGCCAUGCUGGCUCAAUUCGAGCCAGGCUUGGACCUUCAGCAAGCUGAGUCCAACUUUACCUGGACUCAUCUGGAGCCUCACCUGUACUUCCUGGUCUCUGCACUUUUCCUCAUACUGUCAUUCCCUGUGGCAGAUAAGUCCUGGCUGCCUUGUUCCGAACUGGCCACAGUGGCCGUCUUCUUCACGAUAAGCAGCUACCUGAGCCUUCGUCCAGCUGCACAGCAACAUGCUAGGUUAGCCCUCCUUGCACAGUUUGCCUCUGCAAUCUGCUCUUUCACUAAUGAGCUGCUUGGGGGUAGGGUGGGCCAACUUGUAGGGGGGUCAUGGUUUAGCGUGCCAAUCUGUGAUUGGUUGGUGUUGCAUGUGGGUGUGCCUUGCAUUCUGUAUCUUUACCUCCUAUACUCGUGUGUCCGCAUGGGCACGGCGCGAGGCUGGCAAGGGUCUUACAGCAUGCUUCUGCCCUACCUGCUCUGUUUCACCUGGUGCGAGCUGUCCGUCACGCUUCUGCAUGCAUCCACUGCGCUCGGACUCAUGCGCACGGCUGUGGGCUACUUUCUCUUCUUCUUUGCCCUGCCUGUACUUUCGCUAGCACUGGCCGCUGCGCUGUUGGUGCAGCUAGUACAGUGGUUCCUCGCUCUGGAUCUGGCCAAGAUGGCGGUGACGGUGUGUGUUUGUGUGGUGCCCGUUUUGCUGAGGUGGUGGACUCGUUUCAGCGUCUCGCCUCUCGCCGUGUUUCGAUCUCUGAGGCGCAGUAGCAUGGUUAAACUGAUCUUGGUUUGGAUCUCCGCUUUGCUGCUCUUCAGCUGGUUCUACGUGUACCGUUCCGAGGGCAUGAAGGUUUAUAACUCCACUCUUACCUGGCAGCAGUACAGUGAGAUGUGUGGCCCUCGUGCCUGGAAGGAACGCAACAUGGCACACACCCAGAUCCUCUGUAGUCAUCUGGAGGGCCACCGCGUCACCUGGGAAGGCCGUUUCAAAUACGUCCGCGUGACGGAAAUUGAAAACGGGGCGCAAGCAGUCAUCAACCUCUUGCCUGGCAUCAUAGCGGACUGGGUCCGAUGCCUUUACGGAGAGGAGUACCCAGCCUGUGACGGCGCCCAACCAGAGCCAGCUCCGCCUCUUUGCAAGCUCAAAGCAUUUGCAAAUCACAAGUGUCAUGUGAAACGUUUCGACCGCUACAAAUUUGAAGUGACUAUGGGUAUGCCUCUUCAGGAUAAGAAGGGCAAAUGGAUGCAAGAAACCGAUGACGCAACCAAAGACAUUGUGCUGCGGGCGAGUAAUGAAUUCCGUGGGGUGCUGUUGGCACUCGGUGCAGGCAGUGUUGUGGAAUUCAGUACUGUUCUGGAGGGCAGGCUGGGCAGCAAGUGGCCAGUGUUUGAGCUGAAGGCCCUUCACUGUAGGACUUGUACCUCACCUUUGGUACCUACAGUUCGGCAAGUCAAGAUAGAGCAGGACUGGAGGGUCAGUGCCCGUAAUGCCUUCGCAUUCGCAUUUAACUUCCUUUUCCAUCCCCUGCUCACUGCCGAAGUAGAAGAUGCGGUGCCUCCGGAAUCUGCAGAGUGAUUAUCAAAUUGAUAACCAAGCAUCGCGUAACAGGGGUUACUCAGCACCCGUCACUUUUUCUUCAACAUUUGCAACAAUAUUAGUUUAAAGAAUUGGAAGAGAUAUUUAUGGAUGACCCGUAGUCGGGUUUUUUGCACAGAGUGCUGAUUUUAUUUAAUAUAUAAACUAUAUAUCUAUAGUUUCUCUGUCGGGGCUCAAUGUGAAAUCAUUAAGAGACUCUUAGGAAACUUAGGAUGGUGGCCAAGUGGGGAUGAACUUUGGGUGGCCCUUUGGGGUGUGAGUAAUGCAGUUCCAAGUGAAAACGAUUAGGUGGUUCUUGUAAAGAAAAACAGUUCAACUGCCAAGGCUGUUGAUCAACGAUGUCCAAUCUUCUCAACCAAGAGCUGUUACGGCUGCAAGUUUUUGUCUUCAGGUGCCAGUUCUUGGUUUUUGCUUGGUUGGAUCAAAAACCUGCACGCACACCUGUGGACACAAUUGGACCUGUUGUAGAUUGAUGGCGGGAGAAGAAUGAACAUUCUUUAGAUUAUUCAGUCAGGAGCUCAGAAUAAGGGAAUGUAUAAUAUUUAUGGCCAUAUUCCUAUUUUUCUGACUUUUUGCCGGACUAAACACUCAUUUUAUUGGAAACGUAUUAUUGACAAAGUAGUUUAGUCCAGGAUUAACGGAACUCUUGUACAGACAUCAUAUAUGAAUGAAUGAGUGGGAGAGAGAAAUAGGAAAGUUUUAAACCUUUCCUACAGAACCCACAAUUCCAGUGAUGACUAUAAAGUAGAUCUUAAGGCAUUAUUUCAGCAGUAGGAAAUGGCAUAUACUGUAGCACUGGAGCGAAAAUCUGGAUAUUUAUAUAUAAAAUCUCAUCGUUUUAUCAGUGGGAGUUUCUUCCCACCUCCGAAAAACAUGCAUGUAGGUGGAUUGGAACUCUAAAUUGCCCCUAAUCGCCCUAUUUAAGAUAGUGAAAUAGCACUAGUACACUAUAAUUUUGUUAAUACUGUAUAUCAGCACCAAAAUAACUCGACGGUAGAGGCGUUUGGACAUGUGAUUGUAGGAACUGCUUUCCACCAAAUAUCACUCUUCAGACCUUCACAACUUCAUCUAAUUUCAAAAACAAAAAGCAACUGUAAGAUUUGUAUUAAUCCUAUGUUUUCUUAUUGGACUAUAUAAUAUUCAUUUUUUUUUUUGAAGGGUUUGGAGUGUUUUAAAUAUUAAUGUGGGCAUUAGUUAUGUUGAAAUGUGUACAUCAAGAACGUGUAUAUUUUUGAUAAACACUAAAUAGAUACUUCCAGUAGAGGAAUUCUUCUUCUGAAUGUUGAUGAUUAUUUCUUAUUCUUUGUGCAUCAGAUCAGCACAGGGCAUUCUAUUGCUCGGUUAUUGGUGGAAUUCGUUUUAGAUGAGUAGAAUUAUGGUACUGUACAGAUAGUGUACAGCUGUAUAUUGGAAUUGCCUCACACAGGAUUCGCUACCGAUGUAGAGACACCACCACUAUUAUACACACUCACAAAAGCUCACUUUAAAUGUUCCUGAGCCGGUCUCUACUCCAAUAUAUGGUUAUUCACUACUGUAGUGUUGCACUAUGAUCAAUAAAAGCUGUUCUUUAA